UAUAGGCCGAAGGGCUCCCUCCGGGUUUGUAACAAAGGAAAAGCGUUAGUUUGUAUUUGGCAGUCGAAUACUCGACACCGCGUUUCUGCUGGGAACCCCGCUGGAGUCCUUGUGCGUAUUUCGCGUGAGUUUUAUUGUGAAAAGUGCGAUUUUUUUUAUUUUUUAUUAGGAUUGAUUGCAAUUGAGAUAAGUACAAACGUUAAAAUACUUAAAUAUUUAUGUUCGACUUAUUUAUUACUCGGAUUUUUUUACUCCGAUUUUUAUUUUUCUUUGACUUUACUGCUUCAAAAUUUGUGCGCAGAUGGCGUAUUACCUUUGGCAAAACCAGGUUUCCUCGUACGCUGAUCCUUGUGAGGAAACAGAAAACUUUGGUGACGAUUCCUCAGAGUCCGAGGAAGAUAUUCUGUCGGAAGAGUCGCAUAACAGUGACUAUGAGACAUCGACUAACUCAGAAAUCGAUGACGACGAACAAGAAAAUGCGACGCACAACAGACGCAUUCUACAGCCACGUGCUCGAGGUCGACCAACGACCAUUUUGAAGGGGAGAAAUGGGUUCAAGUGGCAUACUAGAUCGGGAUCACGACAUUCAGAUCGAAAUUCCGCUGCCGAGUUAAUCACACCUGCGCCUCAACAUGAAGCUUCCAAUGUACAAAAAAUUGAAGAGCUCUGGAAACUUCUUUUUAACGAUGAAAUGUUGAAAAUAAUCGUAGACUGUACAAAUGAAAAAAUUGAAGAAGUUUGCCUGACGAUGAUUCGCGACAAUAAACGGCCACGAACAUGCUACCGUCACUAUACCAACGUAGCUGAAAUUUCAGCAUUCAUCGGACUUCUAUAUUAUUCCGGACGGUGGAAAUCCAACAACGUACCCACUGCACAUCUGUGGGACAAGAUAAACGGCACCACGUUCUAUCGCUGCGUUAUGUCCAGACCACGAUUCACUUUCAUUGCACAAUGUCUACGUUUCGAUGUAAAAGCAUCUCGAGAGCCGAACGACAGGUUAGCUCCGAUACGCAAACUUUGGGACUUGUUCAUUGGCAAUUGUAGUCGUUACUACAAGCCAAGCAAAUAUUGCACUGUGGGCAAACAAUUUCUGAGCUUCCAGGGAAAAUGUCCGUUCCGUAUGUUUAUAAAAUCCAAGCCUGACAAAUGUGGGAUAAAAAUAAUCACGCUAAAUGAUGCCCGAACCUCGUAUCUGAUCCAUGGCGUUCCUUACCUUGGGAAAAUUGGAAACAGUCCGACUAAAACAGCGGAAGACUUUUUUGCAGAGGUCACUAAACCAAUUCAUGGAACGAGACGAUCGGUCACAUGUGAUGAUUCGUUUACGUCCAUACCACUGCUGAUAAAUAUGUUGAAAGCACCAUACAGUAUGGAAAUCACUGGUACCAUUCGGAAAAAUAAAAGAGAAAUCCCAGCUGAAUUUUUGCUCGUCGACAAAAAACCACCCUCCACGAAGUUCGCUUUCACGUCAGAUUUGACACUGCUGUCUUUUUCUCCGAAAAAAUAUAAAGUCGUCGUGCUGGCGUCCUCGCAUUUACGAACAACUAAUAUAACUGGUAGGAAGUCUGAUAUCGUGCACCAUUAUAAUAUCACUAAAGUUGGAACAGAUACUUUCGAUCAGUUAUGUAAUUCGUACACGACAGCAAGAGUCACACGGAGAUGGCCACUCCGUUUUUUUUUCGGAAUGCUGGAUCAAGCCAUAGUGAAUGCACGCAUUUUACAUAAGUGCAGUGCCAUAAACCGUGGGGAGGACCAUGAGAUUAUGUCGCCAAGCAAAUGUUUGGAUGAAAUCAUUCAAUAUCUUGUUCGACCAUACCUACAAGAGCGAUUAGAAACUCUAUCAUUGCGUCUUAAUAUAAAAUUUGCAAUUGGUGGAAUUCUCAGAAGGGAACACCAAAUGGCAGCAUCAGAAGGAAUAAGACACUUGGAUAAAAAAAUUCGCUGUAGACUAUGCCCACGGAGUAGAGACCGGAAAACGAGACAAAUGUGCCCCUCUUGUCACAGGCCCAUGUGCGAUGAGCACAGAAUACUAUUAUGCCUCGAAUGCGGGGGUAUGAAAUGAAUGUUGAAUUGAAGAUAGGAAUGCAUGUGCAUUCG